GAUGAACAGUGAUUACUAAAGGGCAUUAGAAAGUUACUUUCCCAACUGGAUAAGUUGCAAACAGUAUCUGAUCACCUUCACUCAUUUUUGUUUAUUUAUAUAUUUGUCUUUUUUAAGAUCCUGCUUCCUAAAUGGAGAAUGGCAAAGUUUGCAGUGCUAAGCAGAUUACUGGGGUAAGUCCCUUUAUGUCUGUGAUUACUGGCAGUUAUCGCUCUGUGAUUGGGGUUCUGGUGUUUUCAUUAACUUGUAGUUUUGUGUUCUGUUUAUACAAUGUGUUUCUGUUGAGUCUUUUAAACAAUUUUAUGAUCUGUUAGUAAAAAAACAAAACAAAAAACAAAACAAAAAACAAAACAAAAAAGAAAAACCUGCAGUGAAUUGAAAACUUCAUUGCAAAGUGCAGACUAUGAUAGUCGAGCUGUGACUAGAGCUGACUUGGUGAAUUUCUUUUUCUAAAUCAACUAUGGCUGCCUCAUUUCUCCCCCCCUUAGUUAUCUACAAAUUGCCUAGUGAAUCAAUCCCUCACAGCUUAUGCAAUAAAGUGCACAUUGUGAGUGAUUUGAAAUACAUUUUAAUAUUUUAUUACAAAAUAUGCUGCUGAAAACACACAGACACUGAGAUUUAGGGUUUUUUUCCCACCUCCAUUCGGGUUAGAAACAUAGAAUGUGACGGCAGAUAAGAACCAUUCGGCCCAUCUAGUCUGCCCAAUUUCCUAAUACUUUAAUUAGUCCCCAGCCUUAUCUUAUAGUUAGGAUAGCCUUAUGCCUAUCCCACGCAUGCUUAAACUCCUUUACUGUGUUAACCUCUACCACUUCAGCUGGAAGGCUAUUCCAUGCAUCCACUACCCUCUCAGUAAAGUAAUACUUCCUGAUAUUUUUUUUUUAAACCUUUGCCUCUCUAAUUUAAGACUAUGUCCUCUUGUUGUGGUUUUUCUUCUUUUAAAUAUAGUCUCCUCCUUUACGGUGUUGAUUCCCUUUAUGUAUUUAAAGGUUUCUAUUAUAUGUGAAAUUUACUUGGAAUUGCUAACAGUUCACACUUUAGUGAAUAAACUCCUGUUUGUUGUUAAGUACCCAUUGGGAGCAAAUGUUCCCAAUCACAAGUCAUUCUUUCUAUGUUUAAUUGGAUUAGCAGACAUGGAACAGAACUUGGCGUUUGGAAUGUUGAACAAUCACCGUGGAGACGGAUAAAAUGUCUCUGCCGUUUGCCCUGUAGAUGUCAUUUUUAGUUAAACUCCACUGAUGUCACAUGCUCUGCUCUUGCAAAUAAAACUCCCAGAUUUAUUCAAUCAGUGAUACUUACUAAAUCGAGAAUUUCAAACUUAAGGUUAAAGUAGUCAAAGUGAAUGUGGUUUCGGUUUGGCUACUUUGUUAUGAAAUGUGGAAUUCACUUUGCAUUCUUCCUUUUAUUGAAUAACCCGGUAAGUGUUCUCUAUUAUGUAACAACUGUAAGGAUAUUCUGGGGCAAAAAUAACUGGAAGAUUCCAUUGGGUUUUCUGAACAUUGACCUUUAAAUGUUCCGUAACCACCAAUAUAUAUAAAAAUUUUUUUUUUUUUUUUACAUGAAUGACGUUUAUCCUGUUUAAGACCGUUAUGUAAUUAUUUAUGUUUAGCGUGUUCUCCAAGGAUGCAUUAAAAUUCCAGUCCUGCUUAACCCCUUAAGGACACAUGACAUGUGUGACAUGUCACGAUUCCCUUUUAUUCCAGAAAUUUGGUCCUUAAGGGGUUAAAGGAAACUUGCGCCGCCUGUAAUCCACUGUCACAUGAGUAGAAUCUUGGGUUAAUUAUAGGGACAUGCAUCCCUUGGAGACAACUGGCUCAUAUAAAAGCUCAGGUUUAUGAAUGAGACGGUUGUAUCAUUCUACAACCAGGCAACUUGCUGGUGGGUUUUAUGUGGCUGGAUUCUGUGAUAUUUGUGACAGUUUACAAAAGUGCUGAUUUCAGUAGAGAGCAGAGCUAAUGGCAGACAUGCUGGGCAAGCACGUAGCUUCCUACCCUCCUGGGAUUGGAUUAUUCUCUGGGAUAGACUGAAAGACCUAGGUCAGGGAACUAGGGGAAGGCUUGGAAAAAAAAACCUACAGGUCUGCAUUUUUUGCAAGUAGUUUUUAGACGCAUGUUUUCUUUGAAAGUUUCCUACGUGUAACACUUUUCAUGUCCAGCCCAUCAGGAUGUGUCCACUGCAAGCUAUUGAGGUCUAACUUGCAAGUCCUACAUGAAAUACAUUAUCAGGGCAUAUCUCAUAAAUUGUAGAUUGGCUGAGACUAUCAAGACUGAUGAUCUCCGCCAUGUAGGCAGAGAUAGCUGCAGUGAUGGAGAAAUUAUACGUUUUUAACACCAUUACAAAGGGGAUGCGGGGAAUCUAAAUAUUUACUCCAGCUCUAUAGUGAUAGGAAUACAGUUUGACUCUUUGUAUAGCGGGUGUUGCUGCAGUUUGGACCAUAUACAGGAUCAGCGUAGAGACUUUAGCGGCAUCAUGUCAGUUGUCAUUUAGAAGAUAUGCACAUCGACAUUUCUGUGGGUUUUAUUGCCGUGCCACUCUGUGACACUCAGACAUGCUGCACAUUCAUCCAUACUUCCCAGGUAUCCCUAUUUAGGAAGGACAGUCCCUAUUCUGGGUCCAAAUUCUAAUGUCCCUCUUUUUUAAGAGCUCUGUAUUGUUGGUGUGUCUGAGUGUAUAACAGAGCUCCACAGCAAUAAUACUCCCAGUAAUGUGUCUGAGUGUAUAACAGAGCUCCACAGCAAUAAUAAUCCCAGUAAUGUGUCUGAGUGUAUAACAGAGCUCCACAGCAAUAAUACUCCCAGUAAUGUGUCUGAGUGUAUAACAGAGCUCCACAGUGAUAAUACUCCCAGUAAUGUCUUUAACUACAAUAAAUGUGUUUAGAAAUCAGUCUGUGUAAAUGAGAUACAUUGUUCUUCUUAUAAAUUACAUUUUAGUUCUAUAAAUUAUUAGUAAGUCACCUAAAAUAUCUCACGACAGUCCCGCCCUUGAUCACACUCACAUUCAGAACAGCCCUGCCCCUAGCCACAACCCCACUUACAUCCUAAAAUGAAUGUGACCGUCGUUGCCCCUUAGAACUUUUGGGGGUGUGAACAUUACUGAACGAUUUACUGUUGGACUCAUUCACGCUCUUAGGAAAUGGGUUUGGGUGUUUUUGCAGAAUUUGGGUAAACACCCACCCAAGUCACUGAUAUACUGAGCUGAUGAUGGGGAACCCUUGUUAAUAAUUAUAAAUAAGAGUCCCAUCCAAUUAAAUCUCCCCCCUGAGACAAACUGAUAUGCUUCCCUGCUUACUAGUGGUUAAAUCUAGCUGAUAACCAGAAGCCCCUCUUUAUGGCCUUCCUUCUUUCAUUACCCUUCCCAUCGGGCCAUAGAAUGGGAGGUUAGUAAAUAUCAGUGAAUCAGAGGUCCAAAACUGUCAUUUCCAUUCUUACUCCUAUACACGUGUUUAAGAGCAUGAGUCCCAAGUCCUGAAGCCCCCUUUAAUCUGCUACCCCCCAGAUUUCUGACUAGGAGAUGCCUGAUCGCUGCUCCAGAGUUAGUUCCUAAAUAGAUAAACCCUAAGUGUCAUAAAGAGAAAUCUGGAAGUAAAAACGCUACAAGUGCAGGAUAAAAGAACAUUUCAUUAAACAAGUUACCUCCUGCCAAAUAUUGUAUAAUUGUUCUUACUAAACAUGACACAGCACUAAUAUCCCUUUUGAAUGUUUUUUAGAUUAUAGUGGGUCAGAAUGAGGGAUUCCUAUGAAAGCCGGGAUCUAGAGACAUCCAUAAAUAAAAAUUACUGACAUGAACCCCAUUGGCCAAUAGAAUAACUCCUGAAAUUGCCUAAUAGCCUGGGGAUACCAUGUCUUAGAAUACUUGAAAAGAGAACAAAAGAGCCACUCAUAGCAUUAAAAAAAAACAUUAUUUCUGCUUAAAAUAUUGACUGUGGACAUAAACUUAACCACUUGCAUAUAAAUUGUGGCAAUUGUCAGGUUGAAAUAUGUGUUUUGAUUGUUUUAUUAAAAUCUGUUAAUCUUUAUUUAAAUAGUUUUUUUUUAAAUAAAAAUUAAAUGCAAUAUUUCUAGCUAACCUUUGUUAUAUUUGAGCACUAUGGGCAGAUUGUAUCCUCCCCAAGUUCAAUGGAGAGUGAUCUCUUCCCUGCUCAGUGGAAUGGAUAAAGAUCCUUAAUAACCACAGAUCCCACUGCUUAUAUCACAUUCUCUGCUGCAGGGUUUAGUUUUUUAUUUUAUCACCAGCUGUUAGCGAGCAUUUGGACUUAUAGUACAACUCAAAGAUGGCGACCUUCACAUCAAAGACCUAACUUUUAUUGUGGUAUUUUAUAAUAUUGUUUACGGAACAUCACUGUCACUGAAGAUCCACGGGAUCUUCUACACACCAAGUCCUGUGAUUCAUGAAAAGAAGGCUGAAUACCAUAGUCAUCACUAGAGACUUACUGCUAUGUCUUAUGAUAUCUUUUGACUGUGUUUGUAAUGUCAACGUGCUCUUUGAACCUCUAUCUGGUAUCUACUGAAAAAGCAUUUCUUUUCUAAUAAUAAUAAUUUAUUGCUAUUUUUAACUGUUCUCUGACAAAUUUUGUGAUGCAGAGAUCCCUCAUUUUAUUAUCUAUCCAAUAACAUUUAGAAUGUCACUCAUGAGAACAGUUAUAACUAGUACAUUAUGUGUUGGUUUAUUUGAAUGAACUAAUCCCAUUUUCUUUUAUCAUCAUUGUUUUUAGCAUCUUACCUUUCCUCUGGUGGUAGUCUCCAUAAUUUCAUCCUUUGGCUCCUCCAUGUUGUAUGGUUAUAACUUGGCAGUGGUCAACUCCCCGUCUGAGGUAAGGACCAAUCUCUGAAUUUCUUUAGUUUGGAUUUAAAUUGGAUUCUAAGAUGUUUAAUGUCCAUGCUUGUCUCUUUCCUAACCAAUCAUUUCUGAGCAAUGUUCCAGUGGAUUAAUUAUUCUUCCUAUAGAAUAAAAACUGCAUAUUGUAUAACCAGAACCAUAGAAUUGGAUACAUUGUAAAGUUUCAUCCGUUUUGACAUGCCUUCAUCUUUGAGAUUUUAAUAGAAUAAAACUUCUAUGGAUUUUAACACAAAAUCCGAAAGUCUAUAAAUUGAAUAAAUGAGUAAAGUUUUAACUGUGUUUCAAUAUUCUUCCUCUUCUUCUAAAAAUGUUCAUCUAGAAUAGCUACGAUUUAUCCAUUGUAGGAAUUGAAGCUGACUCAUUUUAUUAAUCAUUUUUUUUUUUUUUCCCAGCACAUCAAAAGAUUUUACAAUGCCACCUGGCUACAGCGAUAUGGGCAGCCUCUUGCGCAGAGUCCACUGACCAUAAUGUAUUCUUUGACUGUGUCAGUGUUUGCCUUGGGUGGAAUGCUUGGCUCUCUAAUGGUGGGAAUUCUGGUGUCUAGGUUUGGAAGGUAAGAGCAGCUGUAUGACUGGAGAAACCUAUAGUAUGUUAAUCAUUAAUUUAGAAAAGAACACAUCUAAUCCAUUCUACUAAGUUACCAAUAUUCGACUUUAUAAAAAAAAACAACAAAAAAAAAAAACCACUCUACAGAAACAUCUUAUAGGUUCUGCAUCUCUUUGACAACCACCUGGCUCAUCCUUUACAUACUGUGUAUGGAUCAAGAACGGUCUAACCCCUUAAGGUGAGCCAGUGCCAGGGACCUUCUGGCACCAUAACAACUUAAUUUUGAUUAAGUUGUUAUGGUGUCCGCAGUCUUCCUUUAAUUCCUGGAAAUCUAAGGCUUGGCAGUUUAGUUUCAAGAAUAUUUUAUUCACGUCUUCAAACAGAACUUCCAAACUUUAAAAUAAUCAGCUGAGUUAAUUGCCCAGUCACUCACUGAUGCCAAACUAGUUGUAAUGACUCAAUCUCAUUAUUAGCGUUUGUCUAACUUCAUAGAUUUCUCUGUAGCAAAAAUAAUCAUUUAACUUUGCCCCUACACCAUUUAAUAUGGCAUUGUUUAUUGUUCUAUGAAUGAGAAAUUUAAGCAGGGCUCUUCCCCAAAUAUUCUACCAAAGAACAGUCUUUUCAUAUUAAUUUACUUGAUAAAAUGUCAUAUUGAGUGUGUGUGUCGGUGUAUGAUUGUGUAUCAGUGAGGAUGUCUGUGUGUCAAUGAGUGCAUAUAUGGGUCAGUGAGAGUGUAUGUUGCUUAAAAGGAUGAAAAUUUUUAAUUAAAAUUAGUUUGCCUCAAUUCAUAUGAGUAGUAGUAAUAUGCAUAUAUGUGUGUAUGUAUGUGUAUACACAAAUCUAAUGCCAUAGAUUGAGUGACAGGUGGUUGUCUUGCUCCCUGUCACUGCUACUCCACCUACAGGCACUUACUGGGGGAAUUUAGGAUGCACUGACGCCAGUAUGCUCGCCGUGAAACCAGCAUGUUUGUGUCGGAUUGCCAUUCUUAGGGCAGUGAACCCAAGCAGACUUAGAGACACACACACACACACACACACACACACACACACACACACACACACACACACACACACACACACACACACACACACACACACAGACUAACACUCUGCCAACUCCACACAUACAUAUCACACUCAGUCUACACCUGUUAAUUCACGCUCAGCCAGCCCCACACACAUCCCACUCAGGUGUAUUGCUUAGAGGGAGCUAGGAGGGCUAUACGGAGGCCUUUCUUUGAUUCGGGCACUGUUGCCCUGUGAUUCCUAGUUACCCCCGAUUCCUCCCCUGUUUACGAUACCUGCGUGACAUCUUUGCCUUGAUUUUUUUUUUUUUUUCUCUCUUACUUGUUCUAUAUGCAUUGUUUUAUAAUUAUAGAGUGUGUAUGUUUGCAACAUAUUGUGACUAGCCGAGCAGAAUAUAGCUUACUUGAAAUCUCAUCCAAGUCUGUUUGCUAUCAGCCAUCCCAGAUUAACCACUUUCUCACGCUAUUAACCCAGGACUCCUCAUUUACAUAAUGUGUUUCUCUUAAUGGCAAGAGGUUGCAGUUGUAGAUAAUAACCGUUUUUUAUACAGUUUUAUCCCCAUAGGCCUUAUGUUUAGCUCUGGAGUUUCUGUAAAUCUAGCGCAAAGUUUACGCUCUAUUCUAUAUUAUUGUGUUCUGUAUCCUCAUCAUGGACUUGUUUAUCGUAUCAUCACAUCUGGGAUACUUUCUAUUCCACACGACUGGAACUCUCCUUAUACAGAACACAGUUCUUCUAAUACGUACAAUACACAGUACGGAAGAGGAAAGACCCCCUUUUUAUUACUCCUGUCCCUUUUAGAUACUAAAACGAAAUAAUUACCAUUUACUUUUUCUGUUUUGUUUUUGGUAGAAAGAUAAGUUUCAUCGAGUUCUGAUAUAUUCCAUUGUAUAAUUCAGGAAAGGGUCGUUGAUAGCCAGCGCACCUUUGGUCUUCAUUGCUGGAGCUUUGAUGGGAUUCAGUCGCCUCUUCGGGUCCCCAGAAAUGGUCAUUAUUGGAAGGUUUAUAACUGGUAUACACUCCGGUAAGAGCUCCCGUACAUUGUUCAUUUUCUGUCUGUAGACGGUGUUGCUUUAAAAACUUGGCUUUUGAUGCUUCGCAAUAGCCAGGGACCCCCCUCCCAAAAACUAAACAAGAAAGUUCAGUCCCUGAAGAUUCUCAAUUCUUCUGGCAUUAAUGUGAUAGGACUUGGCACUUAAAACUUAGACCCUCAUAUUUUAUUUCUAGAAUUCUGCGAAUUUUCCAAAUCUGUAGGAAGCCAAUAUUCAUAAUGUGAUUUUAUUUAGUUAUCCAUGUGCAGUAUUUUGUUAAGUUAAUUGUGAGAGGUUUAAUGUACCAACACAUGACACAUCAUUGCUAUUCUGGCAAGUAAAAGUCUUGGGCAGGGAACAAAAACCCUGUUAUAAAAUAGAUACAAACUACUGGGUUAUCCGCGGAGUAUCGCGAAUUAAAAUUCAAUUCUAAGUGAAUUUCAAAUUUGGAUAAAAUGCUUAACAUUCUAUUAAAUAAUAUACAGUCACACACAGUGCAUGGCUUGUAGUAUAUAGAGUAACCACUAUUAGUAGGAAUACAAGUAAAACAAAUAGUUACUUAUCUUUUAAGUCCCAUAACGUGCCAGUUUUGCUCUGGCCAUGGCUUCUCCCCAGCUAAGAUCACCUUUACAGGUGAUCUUAGUUUAGCCAAGAUUUGAGGGAAGAUGGAAAAACCAGUAGCAAGAGAGGUGAGAACGGACAACAGCCUUAAUUAGCCUGCCCUUCGGUGGGUCCUCGCUCAGAUCUCAAGCUGGUUUUAGCUCAUCUUGUGCCAUUACAGAGAGAACAUAUCUGAAGCAUAUCAGACUGGCCCCACCCAUACGGGCAGUCCAGAUCCAAAAUGCCAGCAAGUUCAAUCUGCACAAGAGAUCUGGCAACCCCAGACGAUCGUUUCAACCUUGUAAGGUAUCAUCAGUGAGGUAUAGCCAAUAUCCCUCUAGGCACCGUGAGCAAGGGGUCCAUGUCUGCAUUGCCCUUUAAACUUAAAGAGAGAAAAAAUAGAUGGCAAGAGAGGUGGGAACAGGCAACAGCAAAAUUAGCCUGCCCUUCGGUGAGUCCCUGCUCAGAUCUCAAGCUGGUUUUAGCUGAUCUUGUGCCAUUACAGAGAGAACAUAUCUGAAGUAUAUCAUAUGGGCAGUCCAGAUCUGAAAUGCCAGCAAGAUCCCUCUACACAAGAGAUACGGCAGAUUUGAGGGAAGCAUUGGGGGUUUUUAGUGUGCAUAUGCAGCAAUCUUCAUCUUCUCAUAGAGAUGCAUUGAAUCGGUGCACCUCUAUGGGUUGUGUUUUACGCAGAGAGUGAUGACACAAAUGACGUUUAGGAAAGUCCUCUAGUGGCUGUCGAAGUAACGGCCCCUAGAGGUGAUUAUUGCAAGUAAAUAUUGCAAUUUCUCAGAAAGUCAUUGUUUGCAUUGCUGAGACUACAGAGGCAGUCUCACUGCACCAAAACCACCACAGAAAGAAGCAGAGGUUCUUUUGUUUGAGUGUCCCUUUAAGAAAAAAUUGUAGCAAAGCGAAAUAAACCUCUUUCAUGAAUUAUGAAUGGGGGAGGGGUGGAGAUUGCGCUUUACUGCAUGUGGGCGGAGUCAAAGAUUGGGGGGCUGCAGUUAAGAGAAAUAAAAAUUGAAGUCCAGAACUGCAUCUGAAUGUUUUGGUAGCAAAUUCUGCAGUUAAAACAAUAAAAAAAAAAACUUUAUAGUUUGAGGGAAAACAAUGAUGGCUCUCAUUGUUUACUUGUGAACUAAUCGAGGAGUCUACUUGGCGUUAUGACAUCAAAUUAAUACUUUUUAAUUAAUAUGCCGUUGCUUCAUAAGAUACUAUUUACACAAUUCUUGCCAGUGUGAAUUAAUUCUGCCAGAGUAUGUUUGAAUCUUGUGAUAACCGUGGGUAAUUAUUUGAAUAAGGAGUGCAUCAAAUCUCUGUAACAGAACAAGCAUGGCUAUACAGUCCUAUUGAAGAUAUCUGAUCCAAUUAAAGAGAACAACCACAGGAUCAUUUAAUUGAUCUUACCAGUCUGUAAACUCGUUUAUUUUUAUCUUCGUAGAAAUGUGUUUGGGCUGGGAGACCAAUUCAUUUAAAUUAAGCUGAAUACGCGUUUCAAAUAAUUUUUUCAGAAUAUUAAAAAGUCACAAAAUCUUUUUUUCGUGUUAAUGUAUAUAACUAAAAAAAUAUAAAUAUAUAUGUAUAAAAAAAAAGGAAAAUAUUUUUCAGAAUAAAUAAUUUGAAAAGUUUAUCCAACAAUAUGAAAUCGAGACCUUAGUACGUUGUAGCACCCUCUAAAACUAGGACAGUUUUGGGUAUAUUGUUAAUAUUUAUAUAUACAGACAUCCCUAUUUAAAGGUGCAGUCCUAUCUAGGAUUACCGAAUGCUAUAAGAGUUUCAGCAGAUCCGUCAUGUAAGCAUGGUCCAUUAAACAUUCUAUAUGCAGCAAAUAAAUAAAGAUCCGUUGCCGCUAUGACAGUAAAAUGCUAUAUACCGUACUCCAACAAUAGCUGCUAUCUCCAUUCUCCAUGUAUUGUAUGCCUGGGUUGAACAUAUCUUGACAAAAUGUAAUUGGUUAAACAUUUGCACUGAUGAAGUAAUUUUCUUGCGUGAUGUUUACAUGUUUACUUAUUUUUCAUUGUUACAAACCAUCUCGUCUUGUUCACAGGAAUCACGCUCAGUGUUGUUCCCAUGUAUUUGGGAGAAAUUUCCCCAAAGAAUUUACGUGGCUUCUUGGGUCUGUUGCCGAGUAUCUUUAUUUGCCUUGGGGUGUUUACAGCACAAGUUCUAGGACUUCCUGAAUUGCUUGGCCAGGUCAGUAUUCACCAUUACCAAUGUAUGUGGGUAGUGUUAAUAACUUAGAGAUUAUUCCCAAAACGGAUGCCAGGGGCCUGCUUAUCGCAAUGAUACGUGCUCCACACAUGCCCACGUUCUAAUCUAACAUUUUAGCCACUUGCUUACAGCUGAGUGUAGACACAGUGCCUAAAUUCAUGCCGCCAGUGGGCAUAAGCCUGGGAAUGUGAAGCCUACAAGGGGUCGAUUCCUCUCUUCUUAACAUCCUCAACUGCUGUUCUAAGCCAUAGUGACCACAUUCUUCAGCAUUUCUCUCUAUCAGGUUUUAGAAGGACUCAUUACACAUAAAAUAGUCUUGUUAAUACAGGGAGUGAGUCUGUUAAACUAUAUAUAAUAUUCAGUUUAUAUAUUGGUAUUACAUAUACCAUACCAGUGUGCUUUGCUUUCUCAAAGAAGAAACCUACACAGUUCACAUACAGGUAACCAACUAGGGGAGUCGCAGGAGUUUAAUUUCUUACAGUAGUUUUGUCCUUUUCAUUCCAUUAUCUACAACGGCAUAUCCUCUUUUCUUCUCUUACUGAUAAUCAGAACAGGAUUGUUGGUAAUGUCAAAGAAAAUCCAUUCUGUACCAAGUUCAUGUUCUGAAUAUAGUCUAUACCGCUAAUGGCUUUUGCAUUUCUUAGUGUAUACAUUGAAUUUUAAUUAAUUUUUUUCCUACCAGGAUGCAAACUGGCCCCUGUUUCUUGCCUUGAUUGUGUUGCCAACCCUUGUCCAGCUUAUAAUUCUCCCUUGGUUUCCAGAAAGUCCUCGAUAUCUCCUCAUCGAUAAAAACAAUGUCCAUGCCACCAUAGAUGGUGAGUAGCCAUUUAACAUUCACAUAAAACUGGGAAGGUUCUGGGCCAGGGAUUUAGUAAAUAGCAGAAUCAAAGUGGAGAAAUGUCAUAAUUAGUAUCUUAUUCAGUUUUCUUUUGCACUCUGUGACCUUCUGAUCCAAAGUCCAGAGGUUAUGGUAGAUAGUGGUAGAUUAAUGAGGUGAUGUAUCGUCCCAACCAUAGGGAGGAUUUGAAUAUGGGAUUAGAUUUCUGGAAGGUUGGACUCCCAAGUUCAUCCCUGUAAGAACCAAUGAAUUCAGAUUAGUUUGAACCACUUUCUGGACACAGUGACACCUCUGGUUGGUUUAGUUUGAUGGCAAGUCCAUUGAUUGUAACGGCAAGCGACAGAAUUGAAAUGUCAAUAGGAAUUCAAUACAAAUUAAAUCAGAUCUGUAAACGGUACAAUGAACUUUGAAUUUUCUGAGUGGUUUAUAACACUGCCAACUACCGCCCUAUAUCGCUACUGCCGUUUGCCUCCAAGAUCCUUGAAAUAGUUGUGUAUGCGAGAUUGACAGGCUCCCUCGAAUCCAGCUCUCUGCUUGACCCGCUUCAGUCUGGAUUCUGCGCUUGUCACUUUGUUGAAACAGCUGUGACCCAUGUAUCCAACGAUUUAAUCGCUGCUGAAUCUUGCGCCAUUAAUCUAUCCUAAUUCUCCUUGAUCAUUCUGCUGCCUUUGACACUGUUGAUCAUCAACAGCUUCUUCUCAUUCUCCAUAAUCUCAGUCUACGAGAUACUGCUCUCUCCUGGUGCUCCUCCUACCUCUCCCAGUGCUUUUUUAUUGUUUCUUUCUCUGGCUCUGUCUCUUCUUCCCAACUCCUCACUGGUGUCCCCUACUGUCCUCCAUCUAUACUGCCAUACUUGGUAAACUCAUCAGCUCCUUUAGCUUCCAUUAUCAUUUAUAUGCAGAUGACACAUAAGUCUAGCUGUCCUCUGCUGAUCUCUCUCUCCCCCCAUCUUGACUUGUCUUUGUUUGCCUCUCCACGAUUUCCAAUUGGAUGGCUGCUCACUUCCAUAAACUCAACCUGUCCAAAACAGAACUUCUGGUCUUUCCUCCCUCAAGUGUUACUACUCCCAUGUCUGUCUCCCUCCAAGUCAACGGCGCCACCAUCACCACUACCUUGCUGCCUAGGUGUUCUCUUUGACUCCGACCUCUCUUUCACCCCUCAUGUCCAGUCGAUCGCCAAAUCCUGCUGCUUCCAUCUCAAAAACAAAGUUCGCAUCCGCCCCUAUUUAACACCAGGCGCGGCUAAGGUGCUGGUCCAUGUCGUUGUUUUUUUCUUGUCUUGACUACUGCAAUCCCCUUCUCAGUGGUCUUAUGGUUUUCCAGAUUGCACCGCUGCAAUCUAUUAUGAACGCGGUGGCAAGGCUCAUUUUCCUGUUCACCGGCGCCUCCCCCCUCUGUCAGUCCCUGCAUUGGCUUCCAGUUAGAUAUAGGGCUCAUUUUAAAAUUGGGGUGCUUGCUUACAAGUCCCUACAUAAUGCUGCACCCACCUACCUAUUCUCCCUAAUACACAAGUAUGUCCCGUCGAGGCUAUUGCGCUCUGCCAAAGACCUACGUCUAUCCUCUGUCCAUACUCCCACAUCUGAUGCUCGCCUCCAAGACUUCUCCAGGGCUGUACCUUUUCUGUGGAAUUCCCUUCCCAUCUCAGACUUUCACCCAGUCUCCUUCAAAAAAUCUUUGAAAACCCACUUCUUCAGCAAAGCAUAUCAUCCCCCCCAAUAACUCCUCUUCUGCAACUGUCAAAAAUAAUCUACUAAAUUCCCAGUGAAUACUUUUCUAGAAACCCAUUUCAUUACCCCUACUUAUACCCCACUCCCUCUAGCAUGUAAGCUCAUUGAGCAGGGCCCCCAGCCCCUCUGUUCCUGUGCGUCCAUUUGUCUGGUUACCAUUACAUGUCUGUUAGUCCACCCAUUGUAUAGCGCUACGGAAUUUGCUGGAGCUAUAUAAAUAAUAAAUUUCCGCUUGAGUUGCCUCUAGUUUCAGCCAACAAACUAAUCCUACACUUCCUUUACUUUGUAAAAGACCCAUCAUUUGUUUUGAAGAAUGGAGCCUUGAGAUUUACAGUGCUGUACAAAUAAACAAUUUGGACUAUUUACUAAACUGUGAAUUGUGCGUACUGCAAAAUGCACUUUUAGACUAAACUUUGACUGUUUUGAUUUAAAUUUUUCUGUUCCUUUAUCAAUUGUGCCCAGGUCCCAAUUUCAUGAAUAAACCCAAAUGAACCCUGUACUGAAAAUUGUUCAAAAAGGAACAUUUAGAUACUAAGGUUAGGACCGUGAGUAUCCCAGCACAUGCCUAACACAAUUUCUUGAAGAAAGCUAUGCAGUUUUUUUUUUGUUGUUUUUUAAAGGUCAUCGCUUUUCAUUGUUUAAAUUUUGCCCACAGUAUGUUGUUACUUUAAUGCUGCAUUGAAAUACAAGCCUUUAAAUACAUCAGAACUGCCAGCAAAAAUGAAUGUCCCCUUUUGGUCAUGUAGGGACAUCCUGUACAUGUGCUGAGUCUCACAGGUUUAUGUACCAAAAUUGGAAUUCUAAGUGAAUUUUAAAUUUGAAGUCAAAAUAGCCACAAACAAAAUUCAGCAACGUCGCCAAUGCUUUUAUCCGGCUCGGUGUCCUUCACUUUGACUUCUCACUUUCGUCCGAUAAUCUUUAAAUGUUACCAAGUUAUGUUUUACAGUAUGGAUAUUUAUAAAGCCUAGCAUACAGCCUUAUAAAUACCGUGGUUUGUUUGUUUAUUUUUCUCUGACUUCUUGCAUUGCAAAAUUUUUACUUUACUGUGUCUUAAAACUUUUGGAUGACACCCUUUUUUUACAGUCUCAGUCUUUUUCCCCCUGCUACUACGUUUGGUGGAGAUUCGUCAAUGUUGGCCGUGACAAAUUGUCAGGUUGAUACUAAUUGCACGCUUGCAUUACAACCUGAAGUUUAGCUGUCUCGUCCAUUUGACAGGACUUCUUUUGAUUUUUGCAGUUUUGCUUGGGUGCCCAUCGGUAGUCUAGGAGCAGUUUGAAAGAUAAAUGGGUGGUUUCUCCAGCAAUCUUGUCUUUCACUUUGAUUGCUUCCCUCGGGGGUGAGAAGAUACCUGGCUAGGUUCCUUCUCCUUACUCUUCAUCCUGUCUGUUUGUUGGAUUGCUAAGCACACAGAAAGCAAUGAUCAUUUGAUAUUGAGACAACACUGUUGGCCGUUAUAAUGACUCAUAAUCAACAUGUUGAAAGGAGGAUGGAAAGCAGAUUGGGCAGGCAUAUCAGAUCUGCGAUUAUACACUGCUUAGCGGAAUCCUCUAAAUUCAAUUUGUUUUUGUUUUGUGUAAAAGAAAAUUUUUUUUUACGAGUUUAAUUUUGAAGCAAUUUAAGUCGGAAAUCUGAUCUGUUACUAGAUUGCAUUCUCUCUAAAUUACUCCGUGAGGAAAUAAUAUGCAUAUUAUAUAGGAUUAGAUAUGAAUAUAACAAAUAAAUAAGAAUAAGAUUUACCUAAUAUAUAUUAUUAUUAUUAUUAUUUAUUUCCCAAAGAGUGAAUUACCUAUUUUAAUGGUGAUUUUUAGGGCUGGAAUCUUGCUAAGGAGUCGGUAUUGCAAGUGCAAUGCAUUUAUCGAGGUGUUAUGUACGAAAAUAAAGAAUUCUUCUCUGUUGCUGCAGCCAAUAUUCAGCCUGAUUUAUAGCUUGAAGCAAACCGCACACUCCUUGAAUUUUUAAGUUUGUUUUUAAGCACAAACGUGGCACAGAUUUUUACAUGAUAUUUAUGGUUUAUGUUCUCGCACAUGGAUUUGAGUUGUGACAUUUCCAUGCCAUGAUGAAAUUUUUUUCAUGCCUUUUGCACCAAAAAUACUUUAAUUUUGCUAAUUGCGCUACAGAAUCAUUGCUGCUCUGCAUUGUGAGAUGUGGCUGUUAUGGCAAAGUGGACUGAUGGCACACUUGCUGGCCACAGUGGGUACUAUGGCAGUCACAAGCAAGGCUGCAUGGUUUAAACCCAGGUUUGAAUCCCAAUCUGACCUAGUAAGAGUCCUUAGUCGAGUUAUCUAAUGAUCUACUUCCACACCCUUGAAUCCUCAUAGAUUGUAAGCUCUUUUGGUUCUGCAUGUAUUGUAUUUUUUGUAAAAUAGAAUAAAUUACCAUCUCCAAUACUGUAGAAUUUUUGCAUGCUUUCUCCUUGGUCCAUGGGUUUUGCUGCAGGCUGUAAAUUGUGCUCAUUGUAUGAAUUCAUAACGUAUUGGGGUUAUGUGGAACAUUGUAACCAAUUAAUUAAGUUAUGUUUGUUAAUUUGGGUAACCAUUAUGGAUUUUCUAUACAUUUUAUAAAGCAUUGUGUUAUCGGUUGCUGCUAUACUGCUUCAAACAACAAAGUGGAACUUUGUGUUUAGUUCCGUUAAAAUAAAUCAAGUUAUUAACUAGCUGAAUUGGGGAAUGUGUCCAAUUUGGUCUAAAAAGUGCAAUUUUUAGUUUAGUGAAUGAUUCUAAAUGAUACAUUCUAACUUUAAUUAAUAUAUAAUCUAUCUCUGCAGUGAAAUGGUUACCUUACAAUUCCCUUUAACCCAGGCAGCCCGGCAGCCAAUCCGGCUCUUCAGGGCCAUGUGAUCACUGCCUGCAGGGGGACUGGCUGGAUUGUGAAAGAGUCCCCCAAACCUGGAAAUAAAGGCGGAUUAAGUAAAUAAAUAUAUCUCCUUAGUCCAUCUAAUUCCAGUUGUGACACUAGCUUCCUCUUUACGCAAAUAGCAACCAUGUACCACGCAGAGAAAGAAAUUCCCAUACCCAUACCUGCAGAGUAUUGCCAGUCGGAAUCCCUGCCACAAAAUGGCAUAACCGAUAUAAGAAAAAUAUCCUAGAAAAGCUAGCAGUCUUUGACCAGCUGACAAGACUACCAAAGAUCACUGGAAAACUACCACCAGACAGCAUGCUAGCUGCAGUUCAUGAGUCACUGUCGACAAUCCCAACCUGCAUCAUCUGAGACCAACAUGCUCAAACAUGCCACAUCAUUAGUGGUCCUCUAGCUGCUUGAUUACAAGAUCAGGCUCAAAGAUAAACAAUGCCCACCAUGGAGACCACGACUGGAAGCCAAGAUAAAGGCAACACGUAUGAAGUUAGUAACCUGCGUCAACUUCAUAGAGGUGGAAAGAUCAAGGACAGAUCCUGGUUACUAAAAAAGUACGAGGAUAUGCCCAUACCAGAGGCUCUGGAAACAACUGAGCAAAGACUGACAGUGUUGGCAACCAGACUAAGCAGAGACAGCAGAAGAUCAAUGCCCUGUUUACCAAAGAACCAUCCAAGUUGUAUGUACAGCUGCAGGACAACCUCAACAUAUAUCCAUCCGAGGCUCACUCAGACAGACAGAGCGGAGACUGGAUAGUACUGGAGGAACGUCUAGGAGAAAGAAGCAUCACAUAACUCCAAGUCCCAGUGGCUACUAGACCUGAAAGAAGAACAGGAACCAGAUCCAUCAGGGUCGAAACGUCGAUCAUUUUGCAGAUGUAACUUUUUUUUGUUUCUUUUUUAUUAAACCAUUAGUGAAUUUUGAAAUCCUGUGAGUGUACCCUCUAUUAUUUUUUUUUUUUCUACAUAAAUGACAUGGGUGGCACUCGGGAGGGCAGUAUACAGUAAUAAGGAGAGUGCCAAGCAGUUAACCCCUUAAGGACACAUGACAUGUGUGACAUGACAUGAUUCCCUUUUAUUCCAGAAGUUUGGUCCUUAGGGGGUUAAAGAUUUUUAUUAUCCCCACCAAGGAUAUAUAGGUCAGGAAGUCAGCAGCAGAGAACCAGGUCCAAUAAAAAAGUACUUUUAUUAAUGGGUAAAAAACAAAACUUAAAAUCAAAGAUAAAUGUAAAAUAGAUAAAUAAAGCAAUAUUACACUUAGCACAUUUAAUCAUCAGCUGGCUUUAUCAAACCUGUCAUGAGGUUAAAACAUAUGUGGGAUAUCUGGACAAUAGGAUGUUGCUCGGACACCUCAUGUUUAGAACCAGACCUUUAAAAAAUAAAAAAAAUUAAAAAUGAAGCCACGUGAUAAUAGUAACUGAUAUGUUUCAUUGUUUCUGUUUCAGCUUUGAGGUGUUUUCUCGGGGAGUAUGACGUCCAGGAUGUCAUCGAGGAGAUGCAGGAGGAGCAGCAAUCCCUUUCAUCGGUGGAGACUGUAUCAGUCUGCCAGCUGUUGAUGGACCGCACUCUGUUCUGGCAAAUUUUAUCGGUGGUUGUAAUCAAUAUGGGUAUGCAGCUCUCUGGAAUAGAUGCUGUAAGUGCUUUAUGAGUGUUCAUGGGCAAAACAAGUAAAAUAGAUGUUCUAGAAAUAAGUAGGUUCCAGCCUUGGUCCUUCAUCAAAGAUAGAGGUACUUGUGACAGGAGGAGAUAGGAUGGUGACACCUGGUGGAGACCCUUUUUUCAAGUUCCCAUAUAUGCCCAUAUACAGUGGUGUAUCCUGGUUUUCUGCUGCCCUAGGCAGGACAAAACUCAGGCAACCCCCACACCACCCCCCCAACACUCCCCCCGUCCCACCUUCUAAAUACACAAACACACAGUCAGACACAAACACACAGUCAGACACAAAAACACAAACACAGUCAGACACAAAAACACAAACACAGUCAGACACAAACACAAACACAGUCAGACACAAACACAAACACAGUCAGACACAAACACAGACACAGACACAAACACAGACACAAACACAAACACACAGUCAGACACAAACACACAGUCAGACACAAACACACAGUCAGACACAAAAACACAAACACAGUCAGACACAAAAACACAAACACAGUCAGACACAAACACAAACACAGUCAGACACAAACACAAACACAGACACAAACACAGACACAAACACAGACACAAACACAGACACAAACACAGACACAAACACAGACACAAACACAGACACAAACAUAUACAGUGGUGUAUCCUGGUUUUCUGCUGCCCUAGGCAGGACAAAACUCAGGCAACCCCCACACCACCCCCCCAACACUCCCCCCGUCCCACCUUCUAAAUACACAAACACACAGUCAGACACAAACACACAGUCAGACACAAAAACACAAACACAGUCAGACACAAAAACACAAACACAGUCAGACACAAACACAAACACAGUCAGACACAAACACAAACACAGUCAGACACAAACACAAACACAGACACAAACACAGACACAAACACAGACACAAACACAGACACAAACACAGACACAAACACAGACACAAACACAGACACAAACACAGACACACAGUCAGACACAUACACAGACACAUACACAGACACACAGUCAGACACAUACACAGACACACAGUCAGACACAUACACACACACACAAUCACUCACAUUAACGUUUUUUUUUUUAACCCCCCACCCCCACCUCCUUACCUUUGGGAGUGCUGGGGUGGGGGUCUCUCUCUUCCUGGUGGUCCAGUGGCUGCUGGGCGGCGCUGGCUGGUGGUCUGGUGGGCGGCUGACGAGGUAGCUCUUCCUCUGAGCACUCUGCUCAGCUCCCUCGCGCGCCAGAGUGAGGCUGGGAGCCGGAAGAUGACGUCAUAUUCCGGCUCCCAGCCUCACUCUGCGGCGCGCGAGGGAGCUGAGCAGACCGCUCACAGGAAGAGCUCCCUCGCCAGCAGCCAGCGCCGCCCGCCCGGCAUGUCAGUUAGCCGCAAGGCUAACAAGGCAUUUGCCCUGGGCAUUUGGGGGCAACAUUUUUUCCCGCCCCCUGAAAAAUGCCGCCCAAGGCAAAUGCCUUGUUUGCCUCGCGGCUAAUACGCCCCUGCCCAUAUACCAUAUUUGUUUGAAAUAUAGGACACAGUUUAUUUACCACAAAAUUUGGGGUAAAAUACUGCCUGCAUCCUGUAUCCAGGAGGGAACGAAACGAAGUCACUCCAUGCAGUGCCGGUUUCUCUGGGCCGCACUCCAUGAUCACAUCAUAGUCAUUACUGAUCUAGUGGGUGAAAAUGAAUGGUGUGCUCGGUGGAGAUGAGGAAUUUCUGUCCCAUGCUUGGCACCAGCAAAGGCAGACCAUUUUUACCUGGUAGACAGCUGAACUACUGGUAAUUACAGGAGCGAGCGUGGAGGCGACAUCAGCAUCAUAUUCUGUACCUUUGUCUGUCUGCAGUUACUCCUGCAACCUCAAAGCCUUAGGGCAGCAAUAACUGUGUGUUUGGGGGUUAUUACAAAAGGGAUACAUGGGGAAAUGGGGAAAUAUGAUAGGAACAAGUGAGGAAGGGGGUAUGAGAAGAGAGAAACCAAGGAAGGAUGGAGAAGAGAUGAACAAUCAGAGUAGACCUGGGAAACAAGUGAGAAUAUUGGGUAGAUUACAAGAGUAACGCUGUUUAUUUUUUUUACUUUAAAGUUCUAAUUAAAAAAAAUAUGGGUGUGUCGUAUAUUCCAAAACAUACGUUAUAUAAUAAUCCACUAAGGUUUUGGAAAGUCUUUGCUUUGGAGAAGGGGUGAGCCUGAAAAGAACAUUCUUUCAAGAGAUUUUUUUAGAGAAAUAGAAUGGUUGAAAUAAGAGGCUGUACAAUGAAAUGUAUUUGACAAUUUUAGAUCAUGAACAGGGAGCUCUGCUACGCUGAAAAGGUGGGUGCAUGGAACAGCUUCCAACCGAAGUGGCAAUGUUGAAAGUUUGCUAUGCGUGUUUUUUAUGUGUAAAGAAUGGCAUUGUUUUAAAAUGUGUCUAAGCACGACUCUUGUUUCUGUUUUCUUUGCAGAUCUGGUUUUACACCAAUUCUAUAUUUGAAAACGCUGGGGUACCUCUGGCUGAAAUUCCGUACACAACUGUGGGAACCGGAGCAAUUGAGAUAAUUGCAGGUUUAAUUGGGGUACGCUUUCACGUUAUGUCCUCCCCCCACUGCCUCACCCCUGUACAUACUGUGUAAAAGCUAUAAACCAUUUGUUUUGGUAUACCUGCUCAACUAUUGCACAGCGGAUUCAUUCAGUUCAGGCAAGCCAUUUUUUUUUUCAGCCAUGACAAGUGUUUGGGAAACAAUUCGGACGAACCAAAAACGGUGUGAAAAUGGGCCAGAUAUAUAAAUAUAAUUAAAUAUUCUAUAUAUAGUUUCAGAAAACUGAGAGGUGCAUUUUCCCACUAUUCUGUAGAUCCAGUAUGAAAAACUAAUCAAAUAUAGGGAUAUAUAAAUAUAUAAAUUAGUAUUUUUUGCAUUAUUUAAGUACAGUUCACCCUCCUGUUUAGUACAAUCCUUUUAACAUUAUAUACAGAAAAGAGUCACUAUAUAACACACGUGUGAUGAAUAAAACCAUUCUAAAAAAAAAGUGAACCUCACGGACACCUCAUAUGCUAAACAAACACACAGAUAUACUUCCUUUUGAGUGUUUGUUUAGCCUUUUAACAUUCUCUCUGUGGACAAUACCAAAACUGAGAGGUCGCAGAGAGAUUUCUAAAUCGAACAAACUUCUUCUUUUAAAUUAUAAGACACUUAUCAUCUCUUUAAACGGUGCAUGGUUCGCAUGGCAGAUACUCAAUCAUUUGUGAUUUUUUGUUUUUUUUCUAAUUUCUUUUUUAUAAAUGUAAAUAAAAUUGAAACAUUAUCUGCAGAGCUCGACAACGGUACUAAGUUUUAUUUUGUAACUGCAAAUAUUUCCCAAUACUCCCUAUAUAAUAUCGUCCUUAACAGGGGGUUUAUUCAUUAAGAGUAGAUGUUUUUUCUUACUUGGUUAUUUUUGCCAAACUGUGCAGCUAAAUCACAAUGCAAUGUGUCAAGCAAAGAUGUCUUUAAGUGACUUUCCUUUCUGUUCUCUGUGUUUUGCCUUGGUUGGUGUAUUGCAGGACUAUCCUACUUUCUACUCUCUGAUAUUAAAUCUUAAUCUAGGAGCAGCAGUUUAUAUUACCCCCACCCCCUUUUCAGGCCACCCUACCCAACUCUUGGUCCAGAAUUUUAUCUUGCAUCCUACUUUGUGACGGUCUCGAAGCAAAUUAGUCUGAAAACAACCGUAGAUAUCAAAUGCAGGGGUGGUGCAUGUAUUAUAACGCGCAACCCAACCCAACAUUGGGAGAGUAUGAUUAUGGGGUGGGGAUGCCGUCAUGCCUUGGUCUUUUUGAUUAAAAAAAUGUUACAUUUCGGCCUGGCAUGCAUGCGCGCUCCGUUUAUGCAGUGUCUCUGUAAAGUUACUCUCUCACUGUGUUUUAUUGGGGACUUGUCACUGGAAUCCUUAAAAGCAGGACCCCAAACUUCGGAUUGGGGUACAGGAGUCCCAAGGCGGAGCUGUCCCACUGUAGUGUUUAUUAACUGAACAAAAUUGUACUAAACUAAAAUCUAUGAAUUGUAAAAGUAAGUCCACUUUGAUUAAAGCGGAGUUUAAGUUUUUUUUUUUUUAAUAGGCACAUUUGUGUAAAGUUUUUAGCAAAUCAAUGUUUAGUGAAUGAAUCCCUGUAUGCUAAAAAUCUCUCCCACCUUUUCUUCCAAUGGUCAAGCGAUUCCAGAGCAUUGAAUUGUACUCUGAGAGAGAAAAGAAAUAACCACAACAGACAUUCAGGACGCCCACGAGGCCCAAACUUGUUCAGAUUUAUUUUAUUAUAUUGUGUGCAGUAAUUGCAAAAGUCACCAAAGGCUUACAUUUCAGAUCACUUUCACAGUGUAACAAUUUUCACACAACACUCCCAGUCCCACCAGGUUUGUAGACCAUCUCCCGGUCCCAUUCGUAGUUUCGGUAAUUUGUUAAAAUAAGGUGUUUUGAGACGUUAUAGACCUAACAAAUAUUGGAUAUUCCACUUAAAUAAAUGGUUAGUUGUUAUUUUGCUACAACAAAGGGUUAUUUAAGUGAGAAUUGUCAGGAUUGCAAAGUAAAUUGAAAGUGAAUUUCAAAUUUAAGACAAACGUUCUUCAUCUUAAAAAAUUAUCCAUUUCAGGUCAUCUUACAGUUUGGCUAUUUUGACCUCAAAGGGAUUGUCAGAGCACCAUAACAACUUAAUAAAAAUAAAGUUGCUAUGGUGCCAUGACUUUUUACUGGUUAAAAAAACUAAAUAUAAAUGUUUUGUCUUGUAUUGCUGCUUAUUAUGAUGCUGUAGACUUUCUUCAAAAGCCACCACCAGCUCAAAAUGUUACCCUAUCCUUUUCUUGGUUUGGGUACCGCAUCUCCUGCGCCCAUUGGGGUGUCUCCAAAUCCUGCCAUAUCUGUGCGUCUUGAGCUGAAUUGAUGAGGAACAUACUUUUGAUUUCUUCAGAACCACAACAUUGCUCUAACCCUUUGUGCAUGUAAAAAAUGCUACUCCAAUAAUUCUAUAUUUAUUUUUGUGCUAUUUUUUUUUCUCUCUCUAAAUUCAACUUUGAUAGUAUUUGUUCUUGGUUUUGCUAAAUGGUUUAUUUUUUUCAUAUUUAUUAAUGAAUAUAUAUAUUAUAUACAUUUAUUUUUACUGCAUAACCUUCUCUAGUACUUGUUUUGUUAUUGAUAACAUUUGCAACCUAUUACAAAGAGGUGUAAAUCACUGAGAAGGUUAUUGGCUUUCCUUAUGAACCCUAAGACAAAUAGCUGUCUACCAACCUGUAACAUUUCUUGCUUCUAUCUUGUCCCUUUUUGCUCUUCCCCUGUGCCCCCCCCCUCACCCCCAAACCACCCGCGCCUCUGCUAUCUCUUACUCCUAACACCAUUUAUACUCUGCUUAGCUGAGAGUUACCUCAGUGGAGUACAGAUUUAUAACAAAGCGUGCAUUCCAUAUUUUUAACCCAGGGCUGGCCUGAGCUACAUAACACUAAAUUAGAUUUUUGACAAUUAGAGAGACUAAUGUGAGCCAUCGGAUCCCAGGAGCUAAAUUUCACAGCACGUACUUCCUUUAAUAAACAUAACGCACUGCAGAAGUGAAUUUCAAAGCUCCCUCCCGUUAACACUUAUUUACCCCUUUCUAUCUUUCUCAAUUUCCCCUCUUUAUUUAGCCGUAUUCGGACCCACUAAACGGUCGUCUGCUCUUGCCAUCUCCUGUUGAGCACUAAUAAAAUAGCUUGAAGAGGUGGGAAAGGGAUGUUUUUUGCAGUGAGAGCCUCAUAUUCACUCAGGCAGACUCAUAGCUCUGUAAGUCUGAUUGGUCCUGAGUGGAGACUGAAAUGGCACCCGAUGGACACCAUGAAAUUGGAUAUAAAAUUACAAGCAUUUGUUCUGCUGUCAAUAUUUUCUGCUGGAUUUGCUCAAAGCUUUUUAUUUAUUUAUUUAUUUAUUUAUUUUUCCUCCUUCUUUCGACUCACUCUAAUAUUCCAGAGGGGAGUUUUCUUUCUUUUUAUUGAGUUUUGCAAUGAGAAAAUGGACAUGUUAUCCGAGUUUCAUACAUCCUCUUAGCCACUGAUUUUCAUUUUAAAAAUGGCAGGUUUUAUUUUUGUAGUAGCAGAUCAUUUUUCCAUGGUUAUUUGAAGUAAUGACAUCACCACGUUAUGUUUAACAUAUUCUUUGCAAAUGUGUUUUAUAUCAAGGUAGGACUAUUCUAAGAAUUCACAUUGGAGAACACUAGAAUUUUAUGUGAAUUAACCCCAGCAAGAAGCAAAGAUACCCCUGUUCUUGCUAAGAUGUGCUAAUUAGAGACUCCUUAAUUUUCGUGGGGAGAUCUGUGUACAGAUCUGCUUGUCUGGCCCAAGAAUGGGUUUGAAGAACCGUGUGUUAUUGAGGCAUUGCAUGCCAGUAGUAUACCAACUAAAAGUCAAGUUAGCACAUCAUUCCUAGCUGUAACAUAAGGAAUGAAUGAUGUGGGGUUUCUACUAAGAAGAAGAUAUCUCAUGCAGAGACUUGAUGGAAGGUGAUUUUAUCUACAGCACGGGAAAAGCUUCUUUACAUAAGGAAUUAUAAAGAUAUGGAAUUAUCUGCCAUGAAAGGUUGUUGUUUUUGAUAAAUUUGGUAGAACUCUGAAAAAAGACCUUCAACGUGGUCUAUCUGGUUUAAUAUUGUGAAAAUAAUUAUUCUGAAAAUGACUUGCUAGUUUGGUACACUCAAGUAUUGAUCAAUUGUACAGCAACUGGUGAGGCCUUCACUUACCUGAAAAUGAAAGAGAAGUACUUUAAAAUUCCACGGUGAAAGAUGUAGGGCUGGAGACUGCUCCACAAACACUAGGCCUCAUGGAGUCAUUAGUCCAAACUCCAAUGGGAUUAAUUAACUCAUCUGACUGCUUGGGCAACAGGGGUACCUGGUCACAUUUCUGACACACUGUGUGGCCAGGACCACAUUAAAGUGAAAGAGCUGACUGCAAUCAGCGUAGUUCUUCUUCGUAAGCCCUAUUGUCAUCUUUCAUGGUCAGGAUAUAUUCCCGACACUCAUAGUAACCACCAGUGGAAGGCCUGUACAUAAACAAUAACUUUGGUGUCAUUUAUAAUUACUGCUCCCAGGAGGCUGAAAUGAUUUUAUCUACAGUCACUUAUUCUUAGUAAAUCUGGAGUUUCCCUAAACUGUGAUCGGUAUAAUGGAAAACCCAUAUAAAGGUUUAAUAGCAAUCACAUGGGCUCUGUAGGGGUCACUUAGAUGGGGUCAAUGCGAAUACUGCAAACCUCCAUCCACCUGGUGGUGAAAGUUUAUGUCUGAACAUGAUCGUUUAAGCCAACCAACUUCCAUGGUUAAAUUCAGGAAAAUGUGGAUAAACCCAGAGCUUUACUUUGUGCAGCUCCCUCAAACAAAGUGUGAAAAACUGAUGGUCAUACACUAGACUAGGGGUGGACAACCCCUGAUGAAUAUCUUCUCUGUAGUGGACAUGUAAGAGCAUUAUGUAGUCCAGAACAUCUGGAGUGCCGAAGGUUGCCUACCCCUCUAAUAGCCAAUAGUAAGUCCCAAAUUUCCACCUCUUAUAUAUCCACUACAGAGUAAGAUAUUUUUAAAUUAAUUUUUUUAAUUUCCAGAGGUUUAUAUUUUUUUCCUACCAGUGCGUAUUUUUUUUAUUACUAUUUUAAUUUUCCUUUACUAGACGCCAAUACUGCGGCUAUAUUUAUUAUAAUAUGAAUAAUUCUUAGAAAUAAGUCAAAUUUUUUUUUAUUUUUAAUUUUUAUUAAUUUUAAAGCAUUGUAUCCUGAGUAAAUUGAUGCAUUUGACCAAUAGGAGCUCUAUACUAUCUACGAAUAUUACCACAUUCUUAUUGUUUGCACUCUCUCUCGCUCGCUCUCACUCAUGUUUUCUGUCUAUUAAUCUGGUUUAAUCUGAUUGAAAUAAUUAUUACUAAAUUCACUAUGUUUUAUUGGGAUCUUUGGGGUCUUCAUAUUCUGUAUAAGUGUAUGAUCUAUAGUUUUGUGUUCUUCUCUUUGCAGUGUUUUACAGUUGAGAAGCUGGGCAGACGGCCUCUUGUAAUUGGUGGAUUUAGUUUUAUGGGUUUCUGCUGCGCUGGGAUAACGUUGGCGCUGGUGUUUCAGGUAUGAUGAGUUUCCCCAUCAGUUUUAUGCUCUUUUACCCAGAAUUCUAUAAUAUCCUAAUCCUCCUCCGGCUAGUGGAUGGAUUCUAUAAUAUCCUAAUCCUCCUCCGGCUAGUGGAUGGAUUCUAUAAUAUUCCAAUCCUCCUCGGGCUAGUGGAUGGAUUCUAUAAUAUCCUAAUCCUCCUCCGGCUAGUGGAUGGAUUCUAUAAUAUCCUAAUCCUCCUCCGGCUAGUGGAUGGAUUCUAUAAUAUUCCAAUCCCCCUCGGGCUAGUGGAUGGAUUCUAUAAUAUCCUAAUCCUCCUCCGGCUAGUGCAUGGAUUCUAUAAUAUCCUCAUCCUCCUCCGGCUAGUGGAUGGAUUCUAUAAUAUCCUAAUCCUCCUCCGGCUAGUGGAUGGAUUCUAUAAUAUCCUAAUCCUCCUCGGGCUAGUGGAUGGAUUCUAUAAUAUCCUCAUCCUCCUCCGGCUAGUGGAUGGAUUCUAUAAUAUUCCAAUCCUCCUCCGGCCAGUGGAUGGAUUCUAUAAUAUCCUAAUCCUCCUCCGGCUAGUGGAUGGAUUCUAUAAUAUUCCAAUCCUCCUCCGGCUAGUGGAUGGAUUCUAUAAUAUUCCAAUCCUCCUCCGGCUAGUGGAUGGAUUCUAUAAUAUCCUCAUCCUCCUCGGCUAGUGGAUGGAUUCUAUAAUAUUCCAAUCCUCCUCCGGCUAGUGCAUGGAUUCUAUAAUAUUCCAAUCCUCCUCCGGCUAGUGGAUGGAUUCUAUAAUAUUCUAAUCCUCCUCCGGCUAGUGGAUGGAUUCUAUAAUAUUCCAAUCCUCCUCCGGCUAGUGGAUGGAUUCUAUAAUAUCCUAAUCCUCCUCCGGCUAGUGGAUGGAUUCUAUAAUAUCCUCCUCCGGCUAGUGGAUGGAUUCUAUAAUAUUCCAAUCCUCCUCCGGCUAGUGGAUGGAUUCUAUAAUAUCCUAAUCCUCCUCCGGCUAGUGGAUGGAUUCUAUAAUAUCCUCAUCCUCCUCCGGCUAGUGGAUGGAUUCUAUAAUAUCCUAAUCCUCCUCGGGCUAGUGGAUGGAUUCUAUAAUAUCCUAAUCCUCCUCGGGCUAGUGGAUGGAUUCUAUAAUAUCCUAAUCCUCCUCCGGCUAGUGGAUGGAUUCUAUAAUAUCCUAAUUCUUCUUGGGCUUGUGCAAUGUUCCAAAACCUGCAUCAACAUGGGGGUCUGUAGGGGGCAAAUACCUCCACUCUGAGUGGUUUAAUAUAAUAAGAAUAUUUGUUACGGGUUUCUUAUGACAUUUUUUUUUUUUUAAUUCUGUAUCACUUAUAGCCUCUGCGAUGUAAUGUACAAAUUGCUGGAUUCUUUAUAGGGGUGUUUUGAGAUUUCUGCAUUCCUUAUGCUGUAUGUUCAUUUUAAUAUUUAUUAAACCAGGGAGAGUAUAUUGCAAUGAUGACCAUAUUUCACAAGAACUGCUAUGCGGUGGCUGAUUACUCUGCCUUGUUACGGCACCUAUACUCAUAGAUCAUUUGUAUGCAAAAAAACAAAAACUUUUGUCUGCAAGUAAAAUAUUGUUCUGAAUAUCUUUCUGGAACACAAGAAACCGAUGCCUAAUUAGAUUCCUUUGUAGCCAUUGUCAGUCACCUGUUCAGAAAAGGUUAUUUGAAUACUCCAUUAUUGGUAAAAAACUAAAGAAAACGUAACAUAGCUAAUACUUGAUAUCUGGCUGUGAUAGGACUCUAAUUCCUACAAUCCCUUGGCAGACUAACACUACUGUAAUAAAACUCCCAUGAUCCUUUGCUAAAGGACACUAAAGGUCCAGUAUUUAAAUACCUCAGCGCUACUGAUUUCACUUAGAAAUAUAUCAGGGUUUUUCACUAAAGUGUUAAUUGUUAGGAAUUUAAAGUUAAUUUAAAAUUUUAAGUCAAAUAAAAAGCUCCACUAUCUUCACAAAGGAAGCAGAGCUUGCCUUAUGCCUUAAAGGGAUUCUCCAGUACCAGGAGAACAAUCCCUGGCACUUUUCCUGGCACUAUAGGCUCCUGUAGUGCCCCCUCCCUGCCCCCAUCCCAUGUUGCUGAAGGGGUUAAACCCCCUUCAGAUACUUACAUGAAUCCAGAACCGAUGUCCCUCUGCGUUUGAUCAGUCUCCGCCCACGCUCCUCCCCCGCCGAUGUCAGCUGGUGGGGGAGACCUAAUGCGCAUGCACGGAAAUGACUGCGUGCACAUUAGACAUCCCCAUAGAAAAGCAUUAUUCAAUGCUUUCCUAUGGGGAAAAUCUGACGCUGGAGGUCUGUGAGCACGUCCGGCAUCAGAUAACCGAUAAAAGGUCAGUUAGGAUUCCGGAAGCCCUCCAGUGGCUGUCUGUUAGACCUUAUGGUAGACCGCCACAGAGGGCAGACUUAGAGCUGCAAUGUAAACAUUGCAGCACUAAGUGCAAAAGGGUCACAGCACCCAGACCACUUCAAUUAGCGGAAAUGUUCUGGGUGCCUACCGUGUCCCUUUUAAGCUGCACCUUUGUGAAGAUUUAUCAAGCGCAUGAAAAAUACACAAGACAAAAUAGUCAUUACUUUGUCUUUUUGUUUUAAAAUUAAUAAAAUUAGAACCGAUUUUUCUGGAAGAGAAGGGGAAACGGGUAGGAAGGUAUGUUUGAGGUGACAGACGCUUUAAAUCAUAUCUGACUUGGACAAUUUUUACAUUUGGAUUAUUUUGGCCUAAAUUCACUUUAAAAUUACAACAAUUCCCACUUUUAGAAUCCCCCUGUGUGUGUUUGUUAUUAUUAUGUGCAUGCUGGUGAUCAGCGCUAACUGGAUUUAAAGUAAUGCCUUUCUGCCAAUCUCUUGGAUCACUGAGUGUUUGAAGAUGAUUUGUGUCUUUUUAUUGCAUUUAUUGUAAUUUUCAUUUUCUGUUCUGUGUGUUGUGCUCUGUAUGUUUUUAGCACUAAGUGAUAUUAUUUCAUAAUACAGAUUCUGUUUACUCUUUUUUUUUUUUUUUUUUAAUGUUAUUUCAAUACUGUGCAGGCGCGGAUUGCCUGGAUGCGCUAUGUUAGUGUGGCAUGCGUCAUUGGAAUAAUUGCAGGCUUCUGCAUUGGACCAGGUGAGCCCUCAUAUCUAACCUUUUAAUUCCAGGAUCUAUGUGUGUGUACUCCCAAGUUUUGGGUUCAAGUCUUGAUUGUUUUUACACUAAACUCAGGAUAAUCUGAAGUGGAAUAUUUUGUAUUGUGCUCUGAUUGGAUGAAGUGCUAUCUGUUUGUGAUGGAUUCAGACCUAUAUCCCAUACCCAACUAUCGUUCUUGCCGUAUCUACACUCUUCUUGCAUAUAGCAAACAUUUGAAGAAGACUGUGUUCAAGAAUGUCCAGGUUCUAGAAUGUCCGGGUUCUAGAUGACAGCCAAUCAGGAAGAAGAAUUUUACUGAGAAGGUUCCUGCCAUCCUCACUAAUGCUCUUUAUGACAAACCCCAUUAGUUUUAGAGACUCUACCAUAGGUCUAAUAGACUUUAGUUAACAUGUCGUUCUGUGUAUUUUCACCUGAAAUACAUAAAGUGUUCUCUUCCACUGCUAAUGAAAGAGUUAAAGCGAGGGCAGAAGCUUUGCCGAGUCUAUCUUAAAAUGAUGGAUGGAGACUGGGGUGGUUUAUCCCAUUGAUAUAUUAGCAGUGCCUCUAACAAAUCUAUAAUUCAUUUUCAGCUGAGAAUUUAUUCAGUGUAAUUACAUCUUUAAUUAGGAUUUUUAUGGCUCAUUGUUCAUAAACAAUGAUGAAUAUGACUUUUAAAGCAACAAGGAUUAAGAUAAAAAAAAAUUCUGCGUGAGCUGUGAGUACAAUUCCGUAUAUAUAUCCUUUUUCUUUUUUUGUUCUGCAUGAAUUUUUCUAUAUUAAGAGUCCCUUGUAUGGCGUGAUGUGGAAAUAAUGAACUACAGUCAAAAACGUCUACUGAAAACCAUUAAAUUCAUUUUAUCAACAAUAGACUGAGAAUGAAAAAUGUUCUCUUAACCCAUUUACUAUCAUUGGGAUCUACAAAUGGAUCGCUGACUAGCAGCGGAUGAAUGUAUUAAAAUAAGACACUUAGUACUGAAAUUGAAUCCCUUUCCUAACCCCAGGCUGCUGGGCCUUUAAGUGAGGAGGUGAUUAAAAUGUGUGGUGUUAAAUUAAGAGUGAAAAUGCAAGUUGUUGUUUUUUUGUUUGUUUUUUAACUUGGGUGGAAAAUUCUGCUUCAAUUGCGUUAAAUUCCAUUGCUCGACAAUCUAGUGUAUUUAUGUUUUUUUUUAUAUAAUUGCAAAUAUAGACUUUUGUUUCACAUACACGUUUUCUGUCUCUACUUUGGGUAAAUAAUGAUAACACUUCACCAGGUUUGCAUCAUUCAAUCUUUGUAGGUAAAGUUUUACACUAAAAAUAUAAAUUUUUUUCAAGUUGCCAGAUUGGGUAGAUUUUGAAAUGGAAGAGGUGGCUGACUACCUUCUCUGCAAAGUACAUUUGAUCUUUUUCGCAGGGUGGUGGCGAAAAUAAAUUUUUAUCAAACAUUUAGUGUGUUUUUUUUUUUUGGGGGGGGGGGAAGGAAUAUUUGUAUUAUCUACCUCUGUAGAUAGAAUCUACUAAAUUCUACUGACAUAAAAUUGAGAAAAUGCCAUUCAUACAUGCCAAGUGCCCUGAUUUUGGUUGUUUGUCCCUAGAAUUGGCACCUACUGGAUUAUCCAUAUCUCCAAGUUAGAAUGGCAGUGGCCCAGCUCCUUUGCCUGUUUUGCAGCAACAUUUGCACCAUAUAUUCACAAAGAGCAGAGUCAAUUCUAUACCUUUUGGUGCAUGUCUGCAUGAUGAUACACGGCCACUUAAUGUGUCGAGUUGUGUUGUGACUACACACUGUAUACUGAAGAAGGUUUUCUUACCAAGACACUCGUAGAGUUAUUUUAUUUUUUUUCUUCUUCUUUUGAGGUUUCAAUCUUUUUGCUUUUGUGUAUCAUUCUUGUCUACCGUGACAAUACAAUUCCAGUUUUACUGAUUCCGUAAACAACACAAACUACGUAAAAUUGUGUCAGAAUAGACAAACAUACAGUCAGUGAUAGAACUAAAUUACGGCCUCGCUGACUGUGUAUACUGUUUGCACAGUAUUGAAAAAAAAAAGGGGGGGAGGGAGUUAAUCAAAGUUUUGUGUUCCAAAAAAAUGCUCUGAAGUACUAGAUGUAGGCAAUCACCAUGGAAACCAGUAGACUCAGCGGGCACUAUCAGUUGGUGACUCCUCACCUUUUACAUUUUUUCAUCAAUUGUUAGAAAAUAACAUUUUGAGAAAUCUCCCUCAAAGUGAAGUUUACAGAACCCCUUAAUAAACUCGGCUCCAUCCUUACACCAUAAGCAAGUCUCUUGUUGGGUCUCAACCUACACUUGAGGAAGACUUUCUCUAAUAAUAACCGCACCAAAAAAGUUAUUAAAUGCAAAAAUCCAUACACACUAUACAAACGAAGAGGGUAACUACAACAUGAGAUACGUGACCUGAAUCUGAAAAAAGUCAUAGAUAGGUCGAAUGGCCAUCCAGCAGAUGUGGCAAAUACCGUGAAAGAAUGACAUGUUUAGCAAAGAUCUAUGAAGAACAUAGGAAACGUGUUAAAAAGGUCUUGGAGAAGUUAUAAUAAUUAUUAUAUCAUGGUGACUGGAGUACAGUGUUACAGUUCUCGAUUUGGCUUUUUAACUAACCUUUCUCCAGCUUUGCAGAGAUCUUCUAACAUGAGAUUCUGUGACUGUGCCUGCUUUCCUUUAAGCCGCUCAGCUAAAUGUUGAAGGUGUCUGCCCUCUUCUGGUAGCAACAAGAGCAGACUGAUACAAGGAUGUGACAAUCUGAACUUUAUAUCACCGAGAGUCUUCAGAUUGCCGGCAAUGCGUAUGAUCACCCAAAACACGCACCCAAGCACGGUGACUUAUAACACAGAUUAACCAUAAUGUCACCUAAGGUAGCCUCAUUAACUUCCAAAUUGUCAUCAUGCUAAGAGUAAAGAAGCCCCCAAAAUGGUAACUUGUCAAAGGCCUUGUGUGAUCUUUAUUAUUCUCUGUCUUAAAUCGCAACAAAAACGUUUUCUCUUUUUUUUUUUUUUUUUAUAACUCAUGUUUCUCAAAAGAAAAUAAAUGAAACACAUUUAGAAUUUUUAAACAACUACCCUCUCAGUAGUGGUACUGAACCCUUCACACGUCAUAGUCUGUAAAGGAGGGAAGACCAUUUCAUUUUGUAAUAAAUAUAAUUGGACUCAGUCACUGUCUAUAGGAGUUUUUUUACUGAAGGGAGAAGCCCCACAAAGAUCUGCUCUUAUUUGAUUGUCUCAAGGAAAUCUUGUGACCAUUUUCUCCCCAGAUCACAUGUGUACACACAGUAAAGAUAUGUUGAGGUCUUCAUCGAACGCUUACUUUUAUUAAAGGGACAAUGAUUUUCAUUAUACCCUAAUUAACUUUAUAGGGACACUCCCGGGUGAAAUACAUUUUUUUAUUUUUUUUAAUGCAUUUUAUGCAUUAUCAUAAAAUAUAACGCUCGGUCCCCCUAAACCAAAGACACAGUAAUUCUAGCGACAACUUAAACUUAUAAAGAUAUCCAUAAAAUAAAUCCCUAUCUCAGUCCUACUUUUACCCAAGCAGUGUCCAUUUUUGUGUGUUUUUUUUUUUUUUAUUAUUUUUCUUGUAGGUGGUUGUUCUCUUGUAAUUCUUUCUGAGCGAAGUUAUUUGGCUCAAUUCAGUUAGCAUUAUGUUGGUCAUGAAUAUAGUGAUUGUUAGAAGAAAGUUAUCAGAAUUUCGUACCAUGAGUUUGCUUCCAUAAGCCACAUUCUAAAAAUGUCUUCAAAUAUAUAUACAUACAUAUAUAUAUAUAUAUAUAUAUAUAUAUAUAUAUAUAUAUAUAUAUAUAUAUAUAUAUAUAUAUAUAUAUAUUAAUAAUAUUAUUAAUUUUUUUUUUUUUUUUUUUUUUUUUGCUAAAACUAUUUGUUUUAGAGCGACUUGUAUAAUGGACAUUAUUGCAAAACAUGUCAAAUGCCAUAAUGUUUUGUUGAUGCCAAGAGUACCCCUUUUAGUCUUACAAUGUCUGUUUAGAUUUCAAAAACCAAAUACCUUUUCCCAAUUUUGCUUUUUGUGUGUGUUUGUAUUUUGUGUUUUUUCUUUUUCAAUUUAUCUUUAUUCCUAUUUUUUUUUUUUUUGGAAUCCAAAUGUAAUCGUUUAAAUAGCACAAUCUCUUCCUUUGUUUAUGAAUGACUCCACUUACCUACCAGACUUGUUGAUGUCUCUUGAAUAGAGAGGAUAUUUAAAAUCUAGCACUUGUAUUUUUAUUUUGUUUUUUAACACAUAGAAAGCUGAAUAGGUUAAUCUAUCUACAAAAGAGAUUAAAACAAUAAAAAAAGGGUUUUUUUUGCUAUAGCAUGCAUGGUGCUGUUUUGUGCACUAAAUAUUUUUGUUGGGGAAAAGAAAAACUAAAUAUUUUUUCCAAAUGCUUUUACAACGUAUCAGUAGUUGAUGAUUUGUGUGUGUGUUUAUAAUUUGGACCUAUAUAUAUAUAUUCAUUUUAUUUUAUUUUCCAGCUGGGAUUCCAUUUAUAAUGACUGGAGAACUCUUUAAACAGUCUCAUCGUCCUGCAGCUUACAUUGUGGGAGGGACACUGAACUGGUUAUCAAAUUUUACUGUAGGAUUUGUCUUUCCAUUCCUUCAGGUAAUGUGUGAAAUCUUAAAAAUGGAAAUAAAUCAAAGCAGAGUUUUUACAUGUGUUCACUUACACAGUGCUUGUGUUUAACUCACAGUGAGCCAUGCAGGAAGAUUCCAGUAUAACAUUCUGUCAAAGUGUGCCCAGCAGCCCCAUGAAAUUAUGCCCAUGUCUAUAACUAGAUCUAUAUCUGGGUGGGGGGCGGAGGGGGCGCUAUGGUUUGGUUUCCUCCCACAAUAAAGGUUUAAAUAUGUACACAGAACAAAAUUACAAAUGCAGCUCUUUGGUUUUUGCCCCCAUUUUUCAUGAGCUGAACUCAAAGAUCUAACACUUUUUCUAUGUACACAAAAAGCCCAUUUCUCUCAAAUAUUGUUCACAAAUCUGUCUAAAUCUGUGUUGAUGAGCACAGUGUCAGUGACAGUUCUAUACAAUAAUGGCCCUAAAUACAGAUAGUGUCAGUAUUAACACCGACAUUCCCUUGCAACCAAACCGAGUUUAUUGCACUUCAGACAUCCUGAAAAAUAUACAAAUAAAAUACAUAAUUCUCUUCCAACUUAAGCACCAGUUAACAAGAUGCCACAAGAGGUUGUAUACCAAAGGGAAUGACAAGGAGAUAUAAUCAUAAAACCAAAAAGCCAUUGACUAUAUAUCAGAUAUCAAACAUUACCGGGUAAUGCAUGGUACCUGGCACUGAGCUGCACAUCUUGGCACAAACAUGGCUGGCAUUUACACAGGUAUAGGAAAAUGCAUACAAAGAAACCUGGAAAGAGUGGUUCUGGUCUGUAGCGGAGAGGCAGUAUGAUCCACGAUAUCUCCGCUGGGUAACAGGAACAACAAAGGAUAAUCCAGGGAAUCCGCAUCUAAUAAUCCAAACAGCACUGCAGUAACCCUUCCUUCCCAAGAACUAGACGACACAUAGGCUGGGAGUCAACUGAGGUUUUAAUCACAGGUCACAGUAUUUAUGCAAUUCCCCAUGCAAGGGGUUUCCAAACAGACAUUACAGGGGUUGUACAGGAGGGGACUACAUGGGGGACUUACAGUACUACAUAUUUCUCCCAUCAGGCACCGCUGCACGAGAGGGAUCAUCCUCCCAGAAUGCACCGUUAAGGGGAUUAUCCCCUCGUGCAGCAGAACCGGCAAUUCACACAAAAAUCCACAGCUGGUACAAUAUACGGUGGAUUUACACGAAUGGACGUUCGGUAGAUAGCUGGGGUCUGGGCGCAUCAUUCGUGAGAUUGCCGCUCAGAUCCCAGCUAAAAUAACCGAACGCCGCACAGAAAACACCUUUCUUUCAAAACACAUGAAAAGAACCGAUUGUCUUUAGUGAACCUGGUCCUGAAACUCCCGAACGUCCUGGAGGCUUAACGGUGUUCGUGCCGUCGAAUAACUGUUGGGAAUGCUAUGCGUUCGACGACACGGACCCGCUGACGAACCAGGGAUCCAAGAUGGCCGCCCGCCGCAUGGUCGGUAGUCGAACGACGGCCACCCAGGAGAGCCUCUAAUAACCGAUUGCAACAAUGUUGCAAUCGGUUAACUAGCGCCACACGCCUCUAAGUGUGUGGGCUAUUAGGGGGUAUCGCAUUCGUUUCACGAACGGCCCUCCAAAGUGCCGUUCGCGAAACGAACGGGAAUCCCCAUACAAACCGCCAUUUGCAUUCGGCGGAACAGAUAGGUACAGGCAAUGCAGGGAAUACAUGAAGUAGGCACAUACAGGUACAAUGCAUCUCUUUCCAGACCUAUAGGCAACCCUUAAAGGCAUAGUGUCCAGUUAUAGUCCGAGUGGCUAGGUUUGCCACAUGGUCCAUUGCAAGCUCCGCAUGCGGGAGAAUACUGCACGGAGAACAGAAGGUCUGCCUCUUCCUCACCACCAAUGGUAGGCUGCAAUCUAUCUCAGGCAGCCUUACUAGCAACCUUGAAGCACUAAAUGGUCAAAUCGACCGACAACAUGUUGAGAAAAAAAAAAUGAAGGCAGCACAGGGCCUGCCUGGGAAUCUUGGAUUCCCCUUUUGACCACUUCAGCUGCUUUAGGGUGUGCCUAACAAACCCAGCACACCUAGGAUUACAAUACUGGCUCUCUAAUUAUAAAAAUGGUCUAUUUACCAAACAUACUGCAAGUGUUAAUGAACUAAUUGCGUUCACCAUGUAAAUGGUAAACCUCUAUGAGAAACGUUUGUUUCGUUUUACUUGUUGUUGAAUUUUUGACGGCCACCUCCAGCCAUUAAAUUUCUGGGGAUUACACAGUGCUUUUUUUAUGGUAACUGCAUGAAACCUUCUUUUUCCUUUCAGAUGUCUGCAGGAGCCUUCAGCUAUAUGGUGUUUUGUGGGGUGUGUGUGUUCGUAGCAGCUUAUGUUUAUUUUAUCAUUCCGGAAACCAAGAAUAAAACAUUUAUGGAAAUUAGUCAAAUGUUUUCCACUGCCAACACCAAAUCUACACCGAUAAUCACAGUAGAUGAUGUAAAGCUAAGAAAGAUGAACGGAUAUGGGGCAUUGGACAGCAGUUCUAUUGAAGUUUCUUUGCCAGAGAAUUUGAAAGGACCAAUGGACUCUAUCUCUUAA